UGCUCAGUACUAUCGUGCGACUCGAAUGAAUCGCACAUGUUUCACGUUAUGUUAUAAAUAUUUACGAAACAGAUGAACGCUACAAAGUUUGCGCACUUUGGUUGGAUACAUUUGAAUUUUGAUAUAUUAGAAUUACUAUAAAUAAUAUUUACUUAUAUAACAAAUUCUUGAUCAUGUACAGAAUGUACUGUGGUCAAUAUUAUUCCGUGAAAUAGUGAAAGUGUAAAGUCUAAUAUAUUUAUCAAAAAUAUCCAUGAUAUUAUUAUUAUACACCAAUUUUAUGUUUGAAUACAAAAAUAAAUAUAUUACAUCUAAAUCAGAGGUUACUUAGUUGUGUAUAAGUUAGAAAACUAAAGAUAAAUAAAUAUAUAUAUUUCUUAAAAUAUAUAAAAUGAUAAAAGAGAAGAUGUUUAUAAUAAUAGUGGUUAUAAACGUGGUCGUGAUAAACGUGGUCGGUGGUCUGGAUACAGCCUGUUGUGACACUGGUCAGUUGCUCCGGAAGUUCAAAAGUCCAGACGGUCAAACAAACAAAGUGUUGUGUUUCGAACGAGAAUCCAAUAGAACAAUGCCCUUAUCUAUAGCCUGCGAAAUGCCUGUAAUAGUAAGAUCGAAGCAUUAUGUGAGUGAGAAAGGACAUUUAGUUUUGCAAAAUAUGGCCAACUAUGAUGUAACUGUAAACUCAGGAGAAUAUUGUUUGCACCGAAAAGGGAAUUCAACAGAUGAAAACUCCAUAGUCAUUGUGUUGUGUGUAAAAAGCGACGAUACUGAAGAUGAUUUUAAUGAUUCCAUAAAGGGUUAUUGUAUGAUAAUUUCUGUCAUCUUUCUUACCUUGACUGCGUCGGUAUAUGCUGCUAUCCCUGAAUUAAGAGAUUUGCUAGGCAAAAGCUUGAUCAGUUUCUGCGCAAGUUUAUCUAUAGGACUGUUCAUAUUGGUCGUCAUGAAAUUGGUGGAUUAUUCGGACAUGGCGUUAUGCGCAGCGAGAGGUUUUCUUGCAUAUUUUUUUAUACUGUCAAGCUUUUUUUGGUCUAAUGCAAUGGCAAUACAAAUAAUGCUUUCUAUGAGCCGACCAACUGUCCAUGACAACAAAUGGAGAGCGUUUUUGUGGUACUCGCUAUAUGCAUGGGGCUGUCCAGCACUGCUUACAGUCAUUAUGGCAAUUAUCAAUUUCCACCCCGGAGACCAUGCCAAGCCUGGCCUCGGAUUAAUGCAUUGCUGGUUUGUAGGAAAUCAGCAAUGGUACUACAUGUAUAGCGUGAUGUCAAUUCUAAUAUUAGCAAACAUUAUCAUAUUUAUUUGGACUUCAACUCGUUUUUGGUGUUUAUCGUUUAAUUCAUCGCAUAUUAAAGCAGGGAGGUACAAACUUAUGCUUACAAUUCGCCUAUUUGUGUUGAUGGGAAUACCUUGGAUAUUUGAAAUGAUCAGUUCGUUUAUGGAGACAAGUCUUGUAUGGACCGUGAUAGAUAUCAUCAACACACUGCAGGGUUUGUUUAUAUUCAUUCUGCUGGUAGUACUUCGACGACGUGUCCUCAAGAUGAUGCUAAAACACGGUUGGUUGGACUGCAUAUCAGAUCGCAUAGAAAAACACUUGGCACUAGCUGAAGACGAGGAAGAUGUCGUAGAACAUGCAAUAGAUGUCAGAAUGACAGAAAAAGGUAAUAGUAAAAUAUAGUUGCCUUACUCUCUUGAACAAAGUAUUUGAAAUCGAUAACAUUAUGUUUUGCAAUAAUGCAUAAAGUUCAGCACAAUAAGACGGCUGUGAGCAUACGAUAUUAAUGUUACACAAAUUCUAUAUCUACUUAAACAUAGUUGUAAAAAUUAGGUACAUACAUUACGCCCUAAAAACAACUAAUAUGUUCUUAAGUUAUAACAUUUUUUUCUAUUUUUUGUCUUCAUCGUACCUAAUUGGCCUGAGUCACUAACGAUAAAUAUUUAAACUUCGUACAAUAAUAUAUAUUAUGUACAAUGUUAUGGAAUAGGUACAUAUGAUAUGGGUAGGCACUACAGUGUGAAAGACGCACGAAGCGGUUACAUAAGUCUGAACACGCCUCUUUAAAUAAAAAAAUAUUAUCUUUGACCGUAACAAUUUCUUGUAAACUUGUGAGUGAAUAAACAUAUCAUUGAGGAAAUAACCUACACUACUAACUGUAUUUACCUAUCUCUUCAUAUUUCCCCAAUUUCCGGUACCAGACAGACACGUAGGUACUCUAAAUAUAAACUCAGCAUAUUUUUAUCUAAAUAUAUUCAAAACACACUUUUACAAUAAAACAAAAUUAGAAAAAUUUCUUUUAUUUUUAGAGUGUAUACAUGUACAUAUUUUUUAACGUGGUUAUCUAUUGGUAGACAAAAUUGUCAUACACGCAUUGCUUAAUUGACCGUGAGUUACUACGGUAAGGUCGAGGCAAACAAGUCACAAAUAAGGUGUGUGAAUUCUGUAUAUAUAUUAUCAUGAUAUAAUACUGAGCUAUUGUAAACAGUAAAAGCAAUAUAUGAAGCUCUUAAAAAAGAAUUCUGUAUAUGAAUUGAAAAUAAAUACCUAUAAUAAUAUAAUGAGUAUAAAAUAGCCUAAUAUUAGGGAAAUUGUUACUAAUACAAUUUCCCUAACGUGAAGGUACAAAAGUAAACGGGUCUUUUUCAUAUAUAUUCCCAAGACAGCAGCAUUUGAGUAUCACUCAAUAUUUUAUUGUAAUUUGUACUGUUUUAGUUGUAAGAAAUUGGACUCUCUGGUUGGAUCUCGUUGGACUGUUGGACAGAUUAUGAUUAUACAAUAAAAUUGUAUCAUUAUUGAAUCUGUCCAAUUCUUAUUUUUAUUUGUUGUAUAUAGAAUUUACUACUUAGAGCUGUGUUCUUUCUUAUUUACCAGUAAAUAUAAUCACUUAAAAAUAUACGAUACAUCUAGAUGUUGUACUAAAUAGAGUUUCGGUUUUGAAGUGUAUAAGUAUUGUAAGUACAGACACCUGAGGGAAUUCUGUUACGGUUUAUAAGGAUAAAUUCGCCUUAUCUGAUACAGGCAAUAAAUUUAUAUAAACAUGGGUUAACACUGUUAUCGUCUGUACAAAUAUGAACAUUUUGGUUUUUACGACUAAAUAAAAACAUAAAAAAGUCAAAUAGAGAAUGACAAUUUUGUACUUAUGUUAUGCUAUUGCUGGAAUAAUAUGUUGCAUUUAAUCAUAAACUAACAAUAAGUUUAAUGUAGUAGGUAACCGUUGGUUAUUAUUUGUGCCAUAAUUGUUAUUUUUAU